UGUACUUCAAAUGUAAAAAUAUUAUGAAAAUUGAAAUGUCAUAAUAAUAUAAUUUAUUUACAAAGAUAUUUUUCAAAAAAUACUUCUUAACAAUAUAAAUUUAUGAUGGCUGAUUAUUAUCACGAGAUGGGAUGGAGAGAACUAGGAGAUGGUGAACAUCCUAAUCAUCUACUUCAUAUGGCAAGGUUCUUGAUUGAUUGUGGGCUAUAUGAGGUUAAUUUUUCAGGAGAAUGGCCUAGAUUACCACCAGCUGCAUCAAAAGAGGCUGUUAAGAAUUUAAAACAGGUUAUGAUAGAAGAAGUUAAUGAAAAUAACUGUCCAAUAUGCCUAAAGAAAUUCUGCAUAAAUGAGAAAGCUAAGGAAAUGCCAUGUCAGCAUUUAUUUCAUGAAAAAUGCAUUAUGACAUGGCUAAAUCAGACAAAUUCUUGUCCAUUUUGCCGUUAUGAGUUGCCAACAGAUGAUGAAGGUUAUGAAGCAUUCAAAAAAGAAAAGAAGAGAGCAGAGCAAAGGAAGGAGAAUAUAGAGACUCUUCACAAUUCCAUGUUUAGUUAAUUAUGAAAUUCGUAUAUGAGUAAUAUGCUAAUUUUUAAUUAUUAAUUGGUGUGGUUUAAUAUACUAGCUGUUAAAAUUCCAGAAAACAUACCUGAUUUUUUUAUUUAAAUGUACACUUAAGUAGUUUUACAUUAUUUUUUUUCUAUUAAAAAAAAUGUUUCUUUAAUUAAUUAAGAAUGAAUAUAAUAUGUUAUUUAUUAGAUAUCUCAGUAUUUAUUUCUAAAUAAGCUUGUAAAAUCUGCCUAAUUUGCAAGAAUUAAAUAAUCAUUGAUGUGUUAUUUAUUAAAGGUACAUGGAAUAAAUAUUUUUAGUUUAAGGCAUGGUUACUGUUAUUAACUCAAUAUUUUUAAAUGAUAACAUUUAUAAAUUGUCUUUUUUUUGUCUAAUAGUAUUUCUAUUUUAGAAAACAAGUUGGCUAAGAAGCUCUUGUUUUGAUAUAUGUAAUUUAUCAUUGACUAAAUUUAUAUUUCUGGUUUUAAAUAUGUGGCCUCAAUUCGGCUGCUAAAAUUACUACUAUCAAUAAAACUUACUCUGAGUUAUCAGAAUAGAAACAA